UCUGCUUCAUGAAAUCUUGGCAGGGAGCUUGGUUGCUCUCUCUAAUGGAUUAUUAUUAAUAGCAGAGAUAAUGAACCGGCCAGGGAAUGAGCUGUGCUGGCUUUCUGGCGAGUUUAUCCGUUGCUAUCUGGAUCUGUGGGCUGCACAUUGAGUUGUACAGGGGAACGGCCGGGAGAUGAGCGGCAAGUGUCUGAUUGCAGAACAUGCUGGAGGGCUGCGUGUGUCAGUUUCCUGCUGCCUCGCCCCUCCCGCCCCACCGCACAGUCUGUAGAGUCGCUCGCGUACAGAACAGUCGCACCACGGUUUGUUGACUAUUAGUGGAUGAAUGAGUGGAUGAACUCCAGCCCCAUCGCUGACAUUAUCCACAGCCCUCAGAGAGCUCAGGAGACGCUCAGUGCAGCGGGAAGCUAAUUACCAACCUCAGCGAGAUUUUAGUGCUCCUAAUCGCUGGAGCGGAUUUAUUAGUCGCUCUCAUGCUGUAGUGACCGGUUUAUUAUCAUCCCUGCCUGGCAGCUGAACUGCCGCCUCCUCCUCACCUAUUCCCGAGGCAACUUUUAUCUCUCCUGGACUCCUCAUUUUCCCGCACAGAUAAUAAUAGCCUGGCGUCUCUAGAUAGGAGGUGCCACACUGAACAUCAUGAAAGAGAAGCAUCAAAAAUGUCUCAGCAGAUGGCUUAAACCGCAGCAUUCCUCUACAAUGUUAUCAGUGGUUUUACUAAUGUUUCUGACAGUGACCGACAGCCUGAAACAGAAUAUUCCUCGGCUCAAGCUUUCUUACAAAGACCUGCUUCACUCCAACAGCUGUGUUCCAUUCCUGCAUCCAGUGACAGAAGGCCGAGAAUUUCAAACCCUACUGCUGGAUGAAGAGAGGGGCAAGCUCCUUCUUGGAGCUAAAGAUCACAUCUAUCUGCUUGAUUUGGUAGAUUUAAACAAAAAUCUAAGAAAGAUUCACUGGCCUGCAGCAAAGGAAAAAAUUGAGUUCUGCAAAAGAGCUGGUAAAGACAACAAUCUGGAAUGUGCAAAUUUCAUCAAAGUCCUUCAUCAUUAUAAUAAAACCCAUGCAUAUACGUGUGGCACUGGAGCAUUUCAUCCUGUGUGUGGCUAUAUUGAACUUGGAACUCCCAAAGAGGAAGUUGUAUUCCAAUUAGAUACACAAAAUUUGGAGUCUGGGAGACUGAAAUGUCCCUUUGAUCCUCAACCGCCAUUUGCAUCUAUAAUGACAGAUGAAUACCUCUUUGCUGGUACAGCAUCAGAUUUCUUGGGAAAAGAAACAACAUUUACACGUUCCAUGGGACCGACACCUGACCAUCAUUUCAUCAAAACUGAUACAGAUGAUCAUUAUUGGCUUAAUGGAGCAAAGUUUUUUGGUACAUAUGCAAUACCAGAUACGUAUAAUCCAGAUGAUGACAAGAUCUACUUUUUCUUUCGUGAAGCACAUCCAGAAGGCAGCUUUUCAGAAAAAUCUGUAUUUUCUCGUGUAGGAAGAGUUUGCAAGAAUGACAUUGGAGGUCAGCGCAGUCUGAUAAAUAAAUGGACAACAUUUCUGAAAGCUCGAUUAGUUUGUUCAAUUCCUGGACAAGAUGGAGGGGAUACAUAUUUUGAUGAACUACAAGAUAUUUUCUUGCUUCCAACAAAGGACGAAAGAAAUCCAGUCGUGUAUGGAAUAUUCACUACUACAAGUUCUAUAUUUAAGGCAUCUGCUGUUUGUGUGUAUAGUAUGGCUGAUAUAAGAGGUGUAUUUAAUGGCCCAUAUGCCCACAAGGAAAGUCCAGACCACAGAUGGGUACAGUACGAUGGAAGAAUCCCCUAUCCUCGGCCUGGCACAUGUCCAAGCAAAACGUAUGACCCCACCAUCAAAUCAACAAAAGAUUUCCCAGAUGAUGUUAUAAGUUUUUCAAAAAAUCACCCACUCAUGUACAAGGCUAUAUAUCCUCUCCAUGGCAAGCCUGUGUUCACCAGACUUAAUGUGGACUAUAAACUGACCCAAAUUGCUGUGGAUCACGUUGUAGCAGAGGAUGGGCAAUAUGAUGUCAUGUUUCUUGGCACAGAUGUUGGUACAGUUCUCAAAGUUAUUAGUGUGGCAAAGGACAUAUGGACCAUGGAAGAAGUUCUGUUGGAGGAAAUGCAGAUAUUCAAGCAACCUGAAGCUAUCACAAACAUAGAACUAUCACUCAAACAGCAACAAUUAUACAUUACAUCCAAAGAUGGGUUAGUUCAACUGUCACUGCACAGGUGUGACACUUAUGGAAAGGCUUGUACAGACUGCUGCUUAGCAAGAGACCCCUACUGUGCCUGGGAUGGAAACUCUUGUUCUCGAUACAUGCCAACAUCCAAAAGACGUGCAAGAAGACAAGAUGUGAAAAAUGGAGAUCCUCUAACUCAGUGCUGGGAUGUUGAAGAUAGUAAGUAUACAAAUCAAGAACCUGCAGAGGAAAAAGUAAUAUUUGGCAUUGAAAACAACUCUACUUUUCUAGAAUGUAUGCCUAAAUCCCAACAAGCAUCAAUCAGGUGGUUUAUUCAGCACACAGGGGAAGAGCGACAGGAAGAGCUAACAUCUGAUGAAAGAAUCAUUAAAACAGACUACGGGCUUCUGAUUCGCAGUUUACAGAAAAAAGACUCGGGAAUGUACUACUGCAAAGCUCAAGAGCACACGUUUAUACACACUAUCACAAAGCUCAAUGUAAAAAUAAUAGAGAAUGAACAGAUGGAAAACACACAGAAGUUGGAGGAUGAUGAGGGAAGGAGCCGCGAUUUAAUAACAGAACCAAGACUGAGGUACAAAGAUUAUUUACAGCUCCUGAGCAGUCCAAGCUUUAGUCUGGAUGAGUACUGCGAGCAGAUGUGGCACAAAGAGAAGAAGAGGCAACGAAAUAAAGGUGGCGCUAAAUGGAAACACGUCCAGGAGAUUAAAAAAAACAGAAACAGGAGACAUCAUGUGGGCUAGAAUUUUAUCAGCAUAGACUGAUCUUUUUAUUAGUAAGGACAUCUGAAUUCAUUUCUCCUUUGUGUAUAUGUCUUACAAUGAUAUUCCUCUACUUUAGGAUGAUGGGACUGAUGCAAGACAUCCUGGUAUUUUUGUAAUCACAGGAGGGGAAGAUACUUAACAUCCUGUGUUGCAUUACAGCACUAAUAAAACAGAAUGGAAUUCAAUACUUUAAACAGCUAUACUCCUAUGAACAUUUAAAACCUUAGAAAAUGUAAUUGAUGUAGGAGGAUCCUGUCACCCCACCAACCCUUAUUUGUAUUUAAUAUUGUUAUAUAAAAAAGGGAGUUGGACUAAUAUAACUAAUAUUCUGGCCUGAAUUUCUGCCUAGUAUUAUAUAUCAGUCAUAUUAAGCAGGUGGGGUGUUACUAAGAACAAUGCUCCCUUUUAGAUCAGGAUUUCUGUGUGGUAUUUUUUGUGUGGUAUUAUUUUUGUUUUUUAUUUUUUCUCUCAAAAUGUGGGUUAAGUUAAAAUGGGGUAUUCUGGAUUUUAUUUAUUGAACUAUGUUAUUUAGAUGUUGUUCUCUCUUGCUUUUUGUAAAUGAUAAAUUAAUGUUUAGAAGUUUAAAAGUAACUCUUCCGUUUUGUAUGGAGUAGCAAUUUUCCCACCAACUUAAUAAUGGUUUUGUUUUGUUGUUGUAAUCGUAUAUAAUGCUUUAACUGCAAAUGUUGAAAUAUCAGUAUAUUACUUAUUUUUGCCUCUACAAAUGCAUCUAUAAAAACUCAUGUUAAGCAUCUUUAGUACUGAUUUAGAUUUGGUGUAAACAAAGCCAAGGUUUGGAUCUGUACUUAUAAACCUUUAAUACUGUAUGUAUUCUAGAUGCAAUAUAGGCUAAAGGCUUCAGGGCUAAAUUACACCAGUGCUGCAGUGCAGCUGCCCUUAGCAGCCAAUCAGAUUAUUGCUUUCAUUUUCUUACUGAUAGAUCAAAACAUUAUGGAUUGGCUGCUAUGGACAUGUGUACUUGUGCAGUGCAGCACCAAUGUUUGUAAACAAGCCCUUUGUAGCACCUUCCACAUAUUGUAUCUGGAAUUAAUAUUAUUUGGAUUAUAUAAUUAUGAUUGUACAACCCAUUGCAGCAUGUAAUCAAAGACACCAACCACUGAUUGCUAGAUAUAUUACAGGGAUUAUAUUUUUUACAAAGCAAAUUAUAGUUUAGCAAAUUUUAAGACUAGUUAGAUAUUUAUAGAAGCAUAUAACAUAUUAUUCCUUUGUACAGUAUAUGUGCCAUCGUGAAUGCAUAGGGAAUGUUAGGUGUUGAUGCUGUUCAAAACAUAUUGUGAUAUUAAUGUUUUACAUUUAGAGCAAAGCUAUUUUAACAGAUUUCUAAAGGAUACUUCUCAUUCCUUCAUUUUUUUUAAUAAAACCUUUCUUUAUUUCUU